AUGUUCGACGCCUCGCAUCGAAGCUCAACGGGGGUGUUAUUGAAUGACAUCCUCCAUCCGGGACCUAGACUGCAAAUCAACAGCUCCGACAUUCUCAUCUGGCUACGUCGGCAUCGGUUUGUUUUCGGCACGGACAUCGUGAAGAUGUUUCGCCAGAUCCGGGUACAACAAGAUGACUGGGACUAUCAACGACUUCUCUGGAAGGACGACAACGGCCAACCCAUCGAGUAUCAACUGACGACAGUCACCUAUGGUACCAGCUGUGCACCCUGGGUAUCGUUACGGGUGCUGAAGCAGUUGGCCAUCGACGAAGUUCAUCGAUUUCCACUGGCCUUACCGACAUUUAUCAAGAGACGAUAUGUCGACGACAUAUACGGAGGUGCAGAAACGGAGCAUCAACUGGAGGAGAUCAUCAAGCAGCUAAUCAACCUCUGCAUGACGGGCGGCAUGCCCCUGCAGAAAUGGUGCAGCAAUGUGCCACACAUUUUGAAACGACUCGGGCUCUCAUCGGGAUUAGCUCCAACCAUCGAAUUUGAGGAAUCAACGGUGAAAGUGCUGGGGCUCUGCUGGCAGCCUCAGGCAGAUACCUUUCACUACAAAGCGAAGAGCUUCAACCGGGACACCAUCACCAAACGCGUGAUCCUGCAGGAACUUCAGCAGCUGAGCAGCCUAUCAAUACCGAGAUGGCUCAAUUUAUCGCCCAAGACGACCGAAGUUCAACUACACGGUUUCGCGGACGCAUCUAAUCUGGCGAUGGGCGCAUCGGUCUAUCUUCGAGCAUCAUCAGCGACAUCGGGAACGACUGUCACCCUGAUCUGUGCCAAGACCAAGGUGGCACCGCUCAAGAAGAUGACUAUACCAUGGCUGGAGCUAACAGCAGCUCUCCUGGCAACGGAUCUUGUGGCUUACGUACAACGAACACUGGACUCGCAUCCAGUGCAAAUCGCCAAGGCGGAUGCACUGCUCAUCAGAUAUUCAUCGUUGACGAAGCUAUUGCGGAUCACAGCCUGGAUCCAUGGAGCCGCAAGAUGCUUCCAACGGCAGCCGCCACCGGAAUCUCCCCAAUUAGGACCACAAGAGCUCGAAGAGGCAAGACUGUACUGGGUAAGAAUGGCGUCGAAGAAAACGAAGCAGAAUCACUCGAUACAGCAUCUACUGGAUCUGCCGUCGAGGGAGGAGGAGAGAAGGAUCAUAGACCAGCAUCAACAGACACGAUCUACCCCACGUCAAGUUCCAGUGACUGUUCUCCAUCCGACACCGAAAAAGGUAAUUGUUGAUGACAUUGGAUAA